CUUCCGCAAUCGCUGUGUUGAUAUUGAACCGAUCAUCCUGAAUGCCCCACCAACUCAAUAUGUCGCUGGGUGGGAUAUCCAUCUGUACCCGCUGCACUGAUGGGUUCAGAGAGGAUGAAAAGAUUGUCAACUCCAACGGGGAAAUGUGGCACGAGGAAUGCUUUGUAUGUGCUCAGUGUUUUCGCCCCUUUCCUGAGGGAACCUUUUUCGAGUUUGAAGGUAGGAGGUACUGUGAGCAUGACUUCCAAGUGCUGUUUGCUCCUUGCUGUGGAAAAUGUGGAGAGUUUGUGAUUGGUCGUGUGAUCAAGGCAAUGAAUAACAACUGGCAUGCAGAAUGCUUCCGCUGUGAGCUUUGUACUGCCGUCCUGGCCGAUACUGGAUUUAUUAAGAACAGAGGAAGAGCUCUGUGUCGCCCAUGUCAUCUCAAAGAAAAAGCAGCAGGAAGUGGAAAGUAUAUCUGUUUCAAGUGCCAUGGCCUGAUUGAGGAGGAUGGACACAUUAAGUGGAAGAUGGAGUAUUAUCACCCGUAUCACUUCAACUGUUGCAAAUGCGGAGAAGAGUUGACUCCAAGUGCCCGUGAGCUGCGAGGGGAGCUGUAUUGCCUACCAUGUCAUGACAAACAGGGAAUACCCAUCUGCGGUGCCUGCCAUCGUCCUAUUGAGGAGCGUAUCGUCACUGCUCUGGGCAAACAUUGGCAUGUGGAGCACUUUGUGUGCGCUCGUUGUGAGAAGCCAUUUCUUGGUCAUAAGCAUUAUGAGCGUAACGGCAAGGCCUACUGUGAGAUCCACUACAACCUGCUUUUUGGAAACAUGUGCUUCUACUGCAACAAGCCUAUCACCUCAGAGAUGAUGUGUACUAUGAACAAGACAUGGUGUGAGGAUCAUUUCUUCUGCUCCGCGUGUGAUACCCUUCUUAGUGCUAAGAGCAAGUUUAUUGAGUUUGAUCUGAAGCCGGUCUGCAAGAAGUGCUACGACAAGUUCCCCAAUGAGCUAAAGAGAAGACAGAAGAAAGUCGAGACAACCAGCAAGAAGUACGGCAAGGCAGAGAGCAAGUAAACCCGAGACAUGGGUCGUAUGAGGACCUCAAUCUCUAGGGGUAGAGAUGGGGGUACAGGGGAAGGUUAUGGGGCCGUUAGGUGGUAGAGUAGGGAGGAUUGGGAGGGUAGUAGUGGAAGAGAUUAAGGUGGAAAUAAGGAGGAUUUGAAUCUUUGCAUGGUGGAAAUACGAUAUGGAAAGGUUUGUGGUAACCGUUGGUUUCAACUCGACGUUUCG